ACCAGUCUGCCUUUUUACAUUCUUUGAUUUUUCUUCUAGCCCCCUUUUCUCUGCAAGAAUAAAAGACACAUGAUGUCUCGAGUGCCCUCUCUUACGGCUGAAGCUCUAGCAAAAUUGAAAAAUUUCGGCACCCCAGCCACGCCCACAGAGACAAAUGGCUGGCGGUCGAUUUUCGGCUCAACUUGCAAAAGCAUUACCUCAGGAGGCAGCAAGGAUUCGAUUACCAUUCCAGAAUAUGUCGAGAGCAGAGAAACCCUUGAAUACCUUGGUUUUACCGAGAGAGCAGCGAAGAAAUUAUGGCAAAGGAUACAGAAGCUCGAAGAACCGGAGAUGAAUCCCUUCAUGACAAUGGUCCGUGCAUACAUAAGAUCUUUCCCUGACGCGAUUGAUGAGGGGGAUGACUGGAACGCCGUAAUGGCGAACAUCGGAAUAGCUGAGCGCUUGCAAACAGCUAUCAUGUCGCCGGAAUAUAGCGAAAUCCGUUUGUCAGAGACCGCUCACUAUUGGCUCAUAGACACGAUGGAGAGGGACUUCGAGUUCCUCGAAGAAAUCUCAGAUAGGAUUUCUACAGAGCUGUCCUCAGAACGCUUACACCUGUCUGCUGCUUUGUUUCCAUUAUCAUCCAGCUCUCAGACCACAAAUAUUCCGUCCAUGUUUUCAGACGAGGCGAGGAAGCUGGGCUCACCGCUCUCUCCAGCUUCUCCGGAAGGGCCUGCGGAACCAAAACAAGUGUCGGGGGCGCAAACAAAAGGCAAAGGUAAAGCUCAUGCCGUCGGCUCGACAAAUCCAACGGCGUCAAUGCAGGAGUCUCCGCCAAAGAAACCACAACUCGAGACCACUCCUUCCCCUUCCUCGACAAAGCAAGCGGUGGAAGCAGAAACUAAAGAGAAAAGGAACGAGUCGACGACCACCUUCUAUAAGGGCGGCGAGCUAAUGGUCCUAAAAAAAGCGCUUAAGGUUCGCGAGAAUGGAAAGGCAGGCAGUUUGGCUAAAGUGUGCACAAGACCGCCGACGGAUCUGUCGGGCUUUAUCAUGCGCCUGUAUCUGGCGAAGCAGAAAGAAGUAGCCAACAAGUAUGCGGGCUAUGCAUGGAGAAGGAACGAGGGCGCUCGUGGAGUGGGGAUUCUCCACGUAAAGAUCCCCACUCGCCUGCUCGCCGACACUGUUAACAUAUAUGGAAAAGAAUGGCAAGACUUUGUAUGGUGCUCUCGAAGACAGAUUCUGCCAUUGCCAGACAACCUUAAACAAAUUGACAGUGCACCCAUCAUUUGUGGACCCAUAUGGAUGGUCCCGAGUGCAAAGGCCGAGAAACCAACAACGAGCAAAGCUGAGGUAGUUCCAUACGAACUGCAGGGCAACACGGUCAUUCAGCUUGGGCUUCUACCCACGAAGGCUGUAGGGAUUCAGCCAGAAUGCAAUGUAUGUCUCGAGUCUCUUGCUCUGAACUGA